AUGCUGGCUGCUCCUGACCUCUCCAACAGACUACAAACGCAAAGCGCCAACCUGCAAGACGCGCUCAAUUGUCGCAUCAACCUCUCCUCCUUCACUCCCGCCAACUCGAAUCAGCCAUCGCAUAGCAGAAGUCAAAGCGCUUCCUCCUUCACCUCCUCCGGUGUCGACGCCGCCAGCAGCAGCAGCUAUCCACCGCCGUCAGCUGUCAGAAGCUCGCUUGUCGACGACAUUGUCAGCACAGGCCAGAAUCCUGCCCUGCGCAAAGUCCUCUUCCGGCUAGGCUCCACACAGUCGUCGGAUCUCGCUGCCGCUGCUGCUGCUGCUGCCAGUGCAAGCUCGCUUUCAACUUCAGCACCGGCUUCGAUCCAGUCCGGUGGGAGCUCAGCAAUCGGCGAGCACACUUCUUCCCAGAACGCUGGCGGUGCUGCCGAUACUGCUGCCGUUGCCGAGGGCGGACCCGCAUCGCAGACCGAAACGCAAUCGAAUCCGCGUGCCCAACCCUUUGCAGGCAGCUUGUCCUUCCGUCAACACCUCGAGCGAAGUCAGGCCCAGCUGCAAGAUACGCCAGCCAUGACGACUCCAUCGAAUCAGCCACAAGGCCAAGCCGGCCAACAAGCGCAAUCUCAAGCAGGAGGCCCCCUCGACUCGGUCACUCUCGGCCAGCUUCGCAAUCUCAUUGUCAUCGACAAACCCAAGUCUCGACAGUAUGACUUUCCCAUCAACGCCGACGCCGACGCCAUGCAGAAUGAGAUCGACGAGUUCUACUCCUACGUCGAAGUUCCUCAGACCGCCGAGAACCGCGCCGCUUGGGAAGAAUGGUGUGCGCUGCCUGCGCAUCGGCGAAACGCCAGCUAUUCGUCCGCAGGCCCCGAUUCAGCGACAGAAGACAUGGAAUCACUCGGCUUAGGCCUUAACUUGAACGAUGCAGGCACCAGCUCAGUCAGGACGGACAGGAGACCCAGCUUGACUGAGCCUCUGCUGGGCGAAUGGACGACUCUCGGUAGCGCUACCCGUCGGCGCAUCCUCCAAUCCUUGCUUUCCACGCUCGAAGUUCGCGAUCCCGAAGCACGCUUCCGCGCUUCGCGUGCCCUUCUCUAUCUGCUCCAGGGCGCCUUUGCCGAUACUGCAGGGCCAGAACAUCAAUUGCACUGGCUCCUCGAAAACGCACGCACCGUUCGGUCCCUCGGCGGUCUCGGCGAAAUCUACUCGGCUGUCAAGCUGGCAAGCUGGAAACACGACUACCUCAGUUCGCUUCCUGAUCACAUUCCAUCCCACGAGCCCAGCCAAGCAGGUCAUCACGGUCCCGCCAACGCUCCCCUUCUCACACCAGAGGCCAAGCUCGAGUACCUCGACGAGAUCAAUCUCGAGCUUGCCCUUCACUUUGCACAGCUCUACUCGCUUCUCGAGAGCUCCAGAGGCGAAGACGAAUGGGGCGACGAGCUCAUGAGUCUCGAUCCUCCUCUUCCCAUCUUCCUCUUUGGCUUGGUCGCUUCUCUGCGCGAGAAGAGUGCCAAGGGCUACCCCGUCAAGAAGCUCUUGCUUCUGCUAUGGAAGUCGCUGCUUUCGUGCUUCGGCGGUAUGAAGGAGGUUGAGCGCUGCAAGCUCCUCGCUCGUGAGAUCGAAGGAUUGGGACCCAUCGACAGAUCGGCAAAACGGAACGUGCUCAAGUCGGAUCCUCUCGACUUUCAAGAUUUCCAGCACGAGAUCUCGGUCAAAUAUCCAACAUUCGAGCCGCCAAAGCGUCAGGACAACGACCUUCCCCUCGACAAGCUAGCCAGCGCGAUCCAUCCCAUUCCGGCCCGCAAGCCUUUCAGCAACAACAUUGACGGCUCCGGCGGCGGGUAUCCCGGCGGUCCUCAGCAGGGACCCAACGGCAUGCUGCCCGGCACCCCCGCGCCAUCUCCACCACCAUCGCCCAAACCGAACAAGGCCAAGUACCAGACGGACCAGACGCGACCCUUCAUCUUUCCCUACAGUCGGCAGGUGCACGGACCGGGUCGACUCGUGCCGCGCAGCAUCGAUGAAGCCUCCAAGCUGUACUCCGAGCACAUGCACGUCAGUCUGGAGUUGUGGCAGACAUGGCGCGUACGCGAGCAAUGCAUCCAGGAAGAGAGCGGCGUAGGAAGCGCAGCCGAUGGUACGCGUAUUGGCCUUGGGGUGAAGCAGGCUGCGUCCAAGGCAUACGUCAACCGCACCGAUGCUGCUUCCUCUUCGCAAGGCAGUCGCAGCCCCGUCAGCUCCGAAGCAUUCCCUUCCAGGGGCGCAUCGGAGCGCACCUUCAAAGUCAAGGGCGAAGCCACGUACGAGCACCUCGUCGAGAUCGAAGAAGACAUCGAGGCGGAAUUGCGUGCGGUCGAGGGGGACCACAUGUUGGCAGCGCUCGACAACCCUCGUUACACAGAGCUGAUCGAUCAGCUAGCGCAGAAGCGAGCCGACGUACGUCGCUUGCAGCGUGUCGACCAGCUCUACCGCGCCGUGCUUCCGCAGCUCCAGUCUUCGGUCAUCGUCCUCCUUAAGCUCUUGCUGGCGACCGUCACCUCGAUCAACACCAACUCAGCACACGCUGCCGCCAUUGCCGAGGGCGCUGCUAUUGACGAAGCGCCGCCUCCGACGCUCGAAGAUGUCGACGUUGCACGCCAUCGCGAGAUCUUGACGAAAGCCGUCUCGGCCAUUCUGCUGUUGUGUCUCAAGUGGUUCAAGGCAAGCCACGUCAUGAAGUUCAACUAUCUGUCUCAGGUACUGGUCGACAGCAACGUUCUCCUCCUCAUCCUCAAGAUCUUUGGUCUGCAAGAGAUCGCACACGGUGUCAAGACCAAGAACGAAGCAGAGAAUUUCCGAUUCUUCAACUACUGCUACCUCAACGGUGGUCGCGAAGCACGCGGUUCCCGAGCGGAAGACUCGCUCAUGUCUCGGCACAACAUCAUCGGGCCUGUCGCCAUCAACCCCGGAACCACCUCGCCGCCGCCAGGAAAGGUGACGACCAUGCCGGAUGGAACCGAAAUCGAAGUAGUCAGCGACUACUCGUGGCGCAACUUUUUCUCGAGCAUCAACUUCACCCGGAUCCUGCAGAAGCUCACCAAGCGCAAGGUGCACAGGAUCUUGCUGCUGGUGCAGUACAAGAGUUCGGCGAUCCUCAAGCGAUCGUUGAAGGUGCCGCACCAGGGACUGGAGCUAUACGUCUUGAAGGUGAUCAAGAGUCAGAUCCCAUUCUGCGGCAGGAAAUGGCGUCAGAGCAACAUGCGCGUCAUCACCAGCAUCUACCUCAACUGCAGGCCCGAUCUCCGAGACGAGUGGCUGAGCGGCUCGGACGUCGAGGCGGAUGUCGAGGACUCGUUGCCGCAGGAGCAAGCGCUCCGAUCGCUGGUCAAGUUCUACAACAACACGCGAUUUGGACCGCCCCCUAGAGCGAGCCACACUCACGGCGAGGGCCACGCUCACAAGCGAACUAUCAGCACUAGCGUCGAUCGACAUCAGCAGGAGCAGGCGACCCAGUCGGUCAUUCACCAGCAGCAACCAGGCCAGCAGCAGCAGCCAGGCCAGCAGCAGCCAGGCCCGCCGUCUCAACCAGGGCAGACACCGCAAGACGCCUCACAGCAGCGAGCAGCGAACGGCGAUGGUAGCAACGAGCCUUCAUCGAACCCAGCCAUGCUUUCGCCAACACGCAAUCACAACGGUCCCUCGUUCUUCGAGAGCGAUGUGCUGCCGCCACUGCGCAGAUCGCACCAGACCUCGGCGCCAGGCGGAUACAUACCCGACGACGUGGUCGACGGCUACCUCGACACGUACGAGGAUGUGCUCGGCGAGGUGUUUGGCGAGAACGUCUUUUACCCGUCCGAGAACGAGACCUCCUCUGGCGAUGGUCCCACCAUGCACGAGGAUGGCGACGUCAACGCGCCCGGUUCGGGCUGGAGCUCUGGCAAGUGGGGGUUGACUCAACAGGGAUCCUCCACCGCCUGGGCUCGUCUGGGCGAGAUCCUCGGCGAGACGGUCACCGACUCAGACGCCUCGAGUAUCGACUCUCGCUCCGGUCCCGGCUCGGUCUCGAGCUCGGUCACCGAUGACGAAGGCGAAGAAGGGCGGGAUGAGAAUCGCAACGAUUGGGAGCACCUGUCGCCGAAAGAGAUGCGGUAUUUGACUUCGGGCGUUCUCUCGCCUUCGUCGCCAUCGCCGAUCCCGUUGCACGGGGGCAAGCAGCCUUCGCCGCUGCAGUCGCCGUUGAUGUCGCCUUCGGGUGGGUCGGCGCUCGACACCUCUCCCGGGUCGCCCAUCCGACCGUUCACCAUCAGCGGCGUCGCAUCCACAGGCGGAGGCAGCAGACCGGGCAGCAGACGCAACAGCAGGAGCAACUCGGAAAGCAGCCCCCUCCGUCCAGUGCUGACGGACUGGAAGAACGACGACGAACUCGACUCGCUCGACAUGCUAGCGCAGGCAGAGGCGAGGAGGGAGCAGGAGAACCAGGAGGAGGAAGAGGAGGAAGGAGAGGCGCCGCUGCCGCUGCAGCAUAGGAAGGCGGGAGGGAUCGAUGAGGUCGAGCACAUUUUCGGCACGUGA